AUGCCUGAACCAAUAGUCCGUAAACGGGGCUCCCGAAAGUCAAUUGCCUUUGUACCGUCUUCGUCGUUGUCGAAACCUGCCACCGAAGAUAAUAAGGAGAAUGGUGGAAGCAAAGUUGGCGCAUCGAAGAAGUCGCGUUCAAAGUCGCUUGGACCCGGCGAGCUCCAAAGCGCGGUCGAUGACCAGAAACAAGAGAAAGUUAUAAAAUCGAUCCUCCAACCACCAAUUCCUAUUUCGCCACUGCAACAGAUUCCGUCGUUCAAUAGUAAAAGCAAGCUUAAGGUGCUUGCGCCACCAAUAAUGGUUCCAUUGAAGACAGAGAAAGAGCAACAGCAGGCACGACAGCAGCGUGAGGCACAACGAUCUGCUGCUAUGAGCCACAGGGAAAAUCGUCGGAAGUCGCUUGGUGGCCGUCGUGUUAGCUUUAACCCGGAAGUUACUAUGCACGUUUUGGAGGAGAUGAGAAUUUCAAACACGCCUCCAUCGAAUGAAACCAACAAUACCAAGACGCCUGCUACAAGCUCAAGGGCAGCAGCAGCCGCUACACCCACACCUGCAAAUAACGAUACCGCUGCAUCUUCUGAAGCCGAAUCUAGCGAUGCGGAACAUCCUUCUACCCCGGAGAAGCAGGUGGAACAUGAGGUUCCAGAGCCAGAAUCCGCGAGAUUAGAACAUAAGAAAGAAAACAGAAAACCGAUGACUCCAAUGGCCAGAUUUGACCAAACGGAAGAGUUUACGGGAUCGCCGACACCAAGCUCUGUUUUUUCGUCCCCAGCGAUGACAGACGAUGCAGAGAGCGUCUUGGCGCCCGAGGAUAGCUCUGAUGAGGACGAUACUGGUUUAAUAUCCGUUGUUUCGCCUUCGGUUACCGCUAGAACGGAUGCGUCAGACGAUGAUGAUGAUGACGAUAGCGACGGUAUGGAUAUUGUCGAUGGAAAUGAAGUUACUGCGACUUUCACACCUUGGAUCGCCCGCGAGCACAACCACCCACGUCUCAGUCACCCAGAAACCAACUUUACUUCUGCACCACCCCGACCACAAGAUUCGAACCCUGAAAUGCCAUUUUCGGGGCGACGUCAUGAUCACCCGAGACUUAGUCAUCCCGAAAGAGGGUUCUCAUCUGCUCCUCGCGCUGCAGAACUUAUGCGCCAGGACGAAGAUGAAGAUGAAGCCACGAUGGAAAUUACAAGAGUUGUUGGAAGAGGAGUUAUCACGAGCCCAUCCCCAGCGAGAGGUGCUCAUGAUUUGAUGGACGACGAUAUGACCAUGGAAUUCACACAAGCGAUUGGCCCGGGAAUUCUGUCGAAUCGAAGAUUAUCGACUGUUAGUGAGGGUACUGAUGACGGGGAGAUGACGAUGGAGAUCACAAGGGCUAUCGGGCCUGGAUUACUCUCGGCUAGGACGCAAUCGAUUACACAAUCCAUUGCAUACCCCAAGCUCCCACGUUUUAGCCCCGACGAAGACGACGAUGAACAGACUAUGGAGUUAACAAGGGCUAUCGGAGGUAUCAAGUCUGUAGUUUCUCCUGGUCAGGCUAGCGAUGACGGAGACGAGGAUAUGAGUAUGGAGUUGACAAAUGUAAUCGGGGGGGUCCUUGCUAGUCGGCGCCAGUCAGAGCCAGAAGAUGAAAACACUACUAGAAGUAUGGACAUGGAUAUGACUGUUGCAAUUGGCGGGAUUAUCGAACAGGCAAGAUUUGAGGCUACUGCGACCAUCCCUGAAGUCGAGGAACCACAAAGCCCGACUGCAGAUCUCACAGCCGUUACAAUGCAUGUUAAUCCCUCUUUGUCAGCGCUUGUAGCAGAGGCAAGAGCAAGGUCUGCUAGCGUCACCAGCACUCCACCGGCCGCAGAAACGCCGAAGCGGGGACGGCCAAAGGGUUCUGCAACGCCCCAGAAGAGCAAAGAGGCUACUCCGAAGUCUUUAGGGAGGUCUCUAAGGUCAAAGACUACGACUCCACAGGACGAAAACCCUGUUGAAGCCGAGCCGGUUGUGGCGCCCGAGCCUGUUGCCCCGGUCGAAGUUGAAGCCGAGGUUUCGACCCCGAAGGCCGCGUCCAAAACUCCAAAGAUCACCAAUUCAACGAAGAAAUCCACAACUAAGCCUACACCAAAGGCUACGACCACCCCAAAGAUGACUCCGAAGACCGCAACUCCGAGACGUAGUCUUAGGACUCCACAGCAAGGGACACCGACCCCCAAAGCUACUGCUCUUGCUGGUACUGGCAAGGUCGCCGUUCUCGACCAUGGCCUCUCCGCCAAACGACGUAUCGCAGGUAUCAUUUCGCCUGGCGUCCACCUCACCAAUAUGAACAUGAACGCUCAGUCCCCUAGUACUCGGGGGCCUACCGGUGUCGGUAUCUCCAAACCAGGGAUGGGGUCGCCAUCCGUUCGAAAGAUACUGAGUGCAAGGAAGCCAAUUGCUACUUCAGAAGUACAGCCGUUCUCACCAGGAGUACGACCACUUUCUCAGCUUCUUAAAGAUUUGAAGGACGAGAAGAAGGAAGGUGCUGCCGCUGCUAUGUUUGAAAGCCCCGAGGGCGUCAAAGGCGCUAAGGGGAUCAAAGAGAUGUUGGAGAGAAUGACGCCUAAGAAAGGUUUAGACUUGAUUUCCGCUGGAUCGGUGGGAAGGCAUAAGCGGUCGUUUGACGCCGUUAAGGGUGAUUUGAUGGCUGCAGCUGCGGAAGCUUCUAGUUUGGAGCCCGGCCCUUCGGGGAGCCCGGCUAGGAAGAAGAGGAGGAGCUUGGAAGAGCAACCUACUCCGGUUCCUGCUACGACGCCUGCUGCUGAGAAACCUUCCGUUAGGUUUGAGGUCCAGGAGGCCCCGAAAGAGAAGAAGAAGGACGAAGAUGUAUUUGGACCAUCGAGGGCUGUCAUUACUCCCGCUAAGUCUGCGCCACCACCUCAGGUCGACAGUGACUCCGCGAUGGACCUUGAUAACCAGGAAGAAGACGAAGCCGAUGUUCCGAAUAUGCCUAUGAAAGAAUUUCUUUCUAUGAUUGGAAUUUCUUUUUUGGACGGGAUUACAUCUACGAAGCAUCGACGGCAAACCGGCGCAAUCCUGGGGCUAGGGGUUGAAAUGAACGAUGAGGAAGUUUCAAUUGGUGAUCAAAUUAACGGUCAGUUGACUAUUCGACCUUUCUUAGAGCUUUAUGAACAUUUACAACGAGAGUUGAAACGCUCUAAUAAGGAGGGGAAAGAAAUGUUCAAGCAGAUCGAGAAGAUGGUACUCGAAGAGAACCCACGGUUGUUCAGAGAGUAUCUCUUGGCACCGCCCGAUGUGCGAGCGGUGAUGGAUUUACAGUUCAAGAAUAUCAAGAGUAGUUCGAGGUUGGAGGCUAGGGGUGAUUGGUAUACCUGGCGUCAGGGGUUGCAGGAGACUAUCAAAUCUAAGGCUCUUGAGAAUUUGGAAUCAUUGAAGGUUGACGAAGGGGGUUUGAAGAAGUGGAGGGAGGUUGUGGACAAGUUGGGGCCUGGGUUAGAAGAGAAGAAGAACGAGUUAGAAGAGAAGCUUGAGGUUCUGAAGAUUCGGAAGGAAGAAAUUGAAGGAUGUGAUCCUAAAGAGCUUGAGGAGAAGAGAGAAGCCUUGAAGAAUGCGAAAAAGAGGUUGGAGGAGAAAAAGAAGGAGUUGGAGAGAUUGAAUGGUGUUAGUGAGGAACUUGAAGGGGAGGUUAGAGGGCGGGAGGAGAGAAGGGAAACAUGUCUGAGUGCUAUUGAAAGUGCAGAAAGGGUUGCAGAAGCAAACAAAGGAUACACGGAGGAGGAGGUUGUUGGUAGUAUCGAUCGCGUUCGUCAGCUUGAGGAGAAGACUGGGUGGAUGGUGAAGAAAGCCGAAAGUCCUUGUUUCCUCGAGAUGGUUUACAAGAAAGCUUUGGCGGUUAGGUUUAAUGCCCAACGGCCGGAUAACAAGGAGUCUCCCGUGGAGCUGACGUUGCUGAAUACGACUGCUCCGACUCCGCAGCAAAAGUUUUUCAUCGGGGCUAUUCAAACAUCAGCCCGAGAAGCAGGGUUCAAAAAGUUUAAGGAUAUGUUGAAGCACAUCUCCGAACGAUGGGACAGAGCUUCUGGUUUAUUGGAAGAGAUGGGAAAGAUUGCGGGACCGUAUCCUAGUACUAUUAGUUUUGAGAAUGGGUGGAUGGUGUUUAUGGCUGAUAUGUUGGUGAUGGAGAGGAAAGCGAAGGUCAGAGUGAGGUUUUCCGUCAGUGGAGAAGAUAUUAUGAGGGAAGUUGGGAUUAGAGCUGAAGCUGUUUAUGGAGAGGGGAUGAGUGGAUGGAAGUUGGAUGAGUAUUUGGAGAGGGUUGUCGGCGGGGAGGGGAUGGGGUGGCGAGAGGCGAUGGGGAGUUUGGGGAGGCAGUUGAGUGGGAAGUGA